AUGCCCGAGGUCGGUCAGUCACUGCAGCGCUUUGGCAUUUCAGAAGAGAGCGAGAGCAUCCUUGUGGCCUCCUUUCACACAGGCGAUGCUGAUGCAGAAAGGGUCCAGAGCAUUGUAGAAGGAGAUCCUGUCGACCUGGACGCUCUGUCCAGCCUGGCAGACAUGGCUACAGUGAAGAAGAUCUACAAGAUUGCUCCGCCAGAAUUGGAGGUGGGGAGCGUUGCAGAUGCCAUCUGCUGCAGAAUCGCUGCCAGCCACUGCUGA